AUGGCAUCCACCGGACGUGUUGCACAGGCAUGUGUCAGGUGCCGUCGGCAGAAGCUGAAAUGUGACACCUUACGGCCUUGCACCCUCUGUGUGCGCGCCAGAGUCGAAUGCGAGCCUCGCCGGACCCCGGCCAGGAGUUCCACUGAUCGACCGGCCUCGUCACGUAGGGAUCGAACGGCCGAACAUCCUCCUCCUCCCCCGUAUCAGCCGGAAACACCGACGACAGUGACAAGCUUGCCACCUCUCCAGCCCUCUGGUAGUACUCCAGAUUGGCAAACUCAGUCUUUGAGAAACCCACAGGACCACAAUGAACUGCACUCAACCCAGCACAAACGAAGGGAGGCCGCCGACGGGCCAGACGCCUCGGAACACAGCCCAAGCGAGAACCAGCAGUUUGGUGCCAACACUUCGGUGAUCGACUUUGCUCGCAACGUCUUCCGGCACAAUGACUUGGCGUCUCCGAGUAUCACUUCUACCAUUCCCGGAGAUGCAGGUGUCUUCCGACAGCCUGGUUCGAGAUGGGGUCUCCAACGCAUGCAGAUGCCCCCCCGGUCAGUGAUGCAUCUCCUUGUCAAGGCCUAUUUCGAACGCGUUCACUGGUUCAUUUUUGUGUUUCAUGAACCGACGUUCAUGGCACGCGCCGAGACUUUGCUAUCGAGCGCUUCGUGGACGAGGCAAGAUUUACCUGUGGCCAUGACGAUCUUAACCACAGCAGCUAUAGCACUGAAAUGUAUCUUGAAUGACACAUCCUGGCCGGGCCAUUCCAUUCUGGCCUCCUAUGCGAUGAAUGCGAAAUCGCUGUUGUCCGACUUGAUCGCCGAGAUCCGAGUUCACCUGCUUGAUCUCCUGGAUGAUUCGCAAAUCGAGACGGUUCAAGUAUGCCUCCUCCUUGGCACCUACUACAUCUACCACGGAUCUCCGAGCUCUGCGUGGAGCAUUCUCGGUAUGGCCGUAAGAACGGCCUAUGCCCUCGCCCUGCACUGUGACGAUCCAGAGGAUGAAGAGAAAGUCGAGACCCAGGUCCGACACCGUUGUUGGAAUCAUGUGACCGUCGCGGACACAUUCUCGGCCAUGAUCUACGGACGCCCUGCGUGUCUGGACUCGGCCUUUUCUCAUGUGCAGCCGCUUUGUGAGAUGGAUGAUACCUUUGUCGCUGUUUCCAUGGGUCGACACGCUGACGGCGGUCAUCCGGCAUCGAGGCCUUCAAAGUUGACCUUUCACGUGUUGAAGUACAGACUCUACUCCAUAACAAAACAGGCGUUAUCCAAUUUUCGUCUCCUGCGAUUGAAGGAUCCACUCUCCCCAGAAGAUCAGAAUGCCCUAAUUCGCGCCGUCUCUCAUAUCGAAUCUCUGCUGGCAGAAUGGAGGAAAGAAGUGCCGCCCUUUCUUUCAGUCGAUUGCUGGCACAAUGUGGAGCCCUCUGGACCGUUUCCUCCUGAACUCGGGUGCCUCUCCGGUCUGGAAGAAGAUCUAGCGAGACUGUUCUGGCUACAAGCGACCAUUCUUCAAUUAACGCAUGACAGUACUCUCAUCUAUAUUCACCGGCCUAUGCUUGAACACAAGUUGGUCUCUUACCACCAAGGGGGUACGGUCACACCAAGCCAAUACUGUGUUUCGCAAUCGCUUGAAACUGCUGUCCAGGCGGCAUUGAGGAUUUCUCGCCUUCCUAUGGCCCAAUAUAACCACCGGUUAAGUCUGUCUUUUGCUUUUAUGCAUUUCUUUACCGCUGGCGUUAUUCUUUGCAUCCCACCGGCUAAGCAGCCUUUCAGCCUGGUCGCCCAAGAAGCUAAAGCUGGCAUUUCGCGCAUCAUCCUGGCCAGCAGAAGUCUAGGAAGCAGUAGCCAGAUAGCUCAGCAUAUUGACCAACUAUUGACCGCCUUGUUGAGAAUCACCAUUCUACGAGAAAUGGAUAAUGCUUUGCACAACCAAGGUUCCAUCUCUGGCGUGGCCGCACAAUCAACGGCUAGUUUCGCAAAGGAAGCAGGAUCAUUACACCAGGACAGCACGAGGCCAUCCAGUGUUGAUCGAGGGGCACCACUUACCCGCAAUCAAUUACAUGCCGCUCCGUCAGAAAUUCCUUCAAACACAACUUCACUGUCCCCGCAGCUUCCCGGACAAUCUGAACCUCAUUUCCCCUUUGACCUGACAUCAUUCAACGAUAAUGGUGGUAUUGAAUUUGAUACUCAGUUAGACGAAGCGUUUGGCAGCUUUGGACAGAGUAGGUCUUCCUCCAGUUGGCAUGUCAGUUCGGUACCCAAAUCUGGGCUUCAAAGUGUCAUUCCAUACGCACAUUGA